AUGCCUCCCGCGCCAUCUGUAGGAAAGGAUGGCUACACGCGUUCCAAUACUAGUCGAAGCUGUAGCGGUACUACAACGAUUAGUAAUGUCAACGAGAAAGUGACUUACGGGUUUGGCAUUUUAUUGGAAACAUCACCUGGUUUCUUCAGAAUAUCAGGAGAUUGUCAAGCUACUGCAGUUGCUUUGGAAAGCCUGGAAACUACUUUAGCUGGAACUAUACUUCUCAUCGAAUACGAUAAUCACUAUCGAAGAAUAUUUACUUGGUUAUGGCAUUAUUGGUUGCGCAAGUCUAUGUCUAGCAUAUUUCAAAUCGAGGACGAAGCCCCAGAUCUAUUUCAGUUUCGAUCGGGAAAAAAGCUUGAGAAUGUAUAG